AUGUCGAGCGAAAAGCAAGAGGGCUCCCCGAGAAGGGUACUUUCGCUGUCAGAUCUCGUCAAUCGUGAGGAUAGCAAGGAUGCUAGUGGUAACACGGCGGGCGCGGCACUGAAGCCGCUCUCAAACGACGAAGUCAGGAGGCGGCUGGCGCACGAGGACUACAGUUCGAAUACGGCGUCGCAGGUGGACGACGAAACAGACACGGAUGACGGGCUCGGGGAGGUGGCUUUCGACCGGGCGGAUUUCCGGUUUGAUUUCGAGGGCCAGGAGAGAAGCGGCGGGCGGGCGAGCGGAGAAGCCGAGGCAGAGAGUGGGGGUCCAGGGCACGAAAAAGCGACGCAGCAGCCAAGUGACGCUAUCGCCACCUCGCCGGACAGGGAGAGCACAGAGCCACGAGCGAUGGACAUCUUCGAAGAAAGGGCUUCGCUGGAGUCGAAGAAGAACAAUCUGCGCAAGGACCUGCGGGUACUGAACGAGAUUGCGUCGACGGCCCGGCCGGGGCGGUACAAGGUGGCGCCGAUCUGGGCGCAGAAGUGGAAGCCGACCGUGCGGGCGCUGCAGAACGUGAACUCGAAGGACCUGAUGAAGAUCGAUGUAUCGUUCACGCAGGUGAUACCGGACGACGACCUGACGAAGUCGGUGCAGGACUGGGUGUACGCGACGCUGCUGAGCAUCCCGCCCGAGCAGCGGCAGUACGUGGAGGUGGAAAUGAAGUUUGGGAUUCUGAUGGACAGAAGCUCGGACUCGCAGCGGGUGACGCCGCCGGUGUCCUCCCAGACGGUGUACAUGGAGGCAGACGCGCGGAUGAAGCCGGACGUGGACGAGCGGGUCUUUGUGGAGCUGAACCGCUACGUCAAGGGCAUAUCCGAGCUGACGGAGAACACGGGCAAGUUUAACAUCAUCGAGUCGCACAACAAAGACGAGAUGUACCGUGCCGGGAUUAACACGCAGCGGCCGCGGUUCCUGCGUAUGAGCAAGGACGUCAAGACUGGCCGUGUGGGCGAGUUCAUCGAAAAGCGGCGGAUCUCGCAGCUCCUGCUCUUUUCCCCCAAAGAUAGCUACGAUGUCAAGAUUUCGAUCAACGUGGAACUGCCUGUACCGGAGAACGAUCCUCCCGAGAAGUACAUGGGCCAGGCGCCGCUGAAUUCUCGAACCAAAGAGCGCAUUAGUUACAUACACAAUGACUCGUGCACCCGCAUAGACAUUACGAAGGUUACCAACCACAACAAGGGCAAGCGUGACGAUGCAGAGGUGACGCACGAGAUCGAGCUAGAACUCAACUCACAGGCGUUGCUCGCUGCCUUCGACAAAAUUGCGCAGGAUAGUAAAGACUAUGCCACCAUCGUUCGCACAUUCCUGAAUAAUGGAACCAUUAUCAGGAGGAAGCUGACCUCUCUCUCUUACGAGAUUUUCGAGGGUGGCAAGAAGGUUGUGUAG